AACCGAUCACCAGUUACUUGCAGACCACACAACACCAAAAACAACAGAUUUCAAGUUAUUCUUUGCAGUAAUAUUUAUAACAAUGGAGAGAGUGACACAAUUGGCAGCAGAGAGACCAGUGGUGAUGUUCAGCAGAAGUACUUGCGGAAUGUGCCACGCCAUCAAGACAUUGCUGGUUGAUUUUGGGGUUAACCCGGCGGUGCAUGAGAUUGAUGAAAUGGUUCGAGGAAAGGAAAUAGAGCAAGCCCUAGCUAGACUUGGCUCGCCAACUUUGCCGGCGGUUUUCAUCGGCGGUCAGCUUGUUGGUGGUGCUAAUGAGAUUAUGAGUCUUCAUCUUAACCGGUCUUUAAAACCUAUGCUCAGACGAGCUGGAGCUUUAUGGGUAUGAAUUUGAACGGACUGAUCGGAUUCUGACCGGGCAUGAUGAUCAUAUAUAUAAUAUGCAGUAAAUUGUGUCGGAUCUAGAGAUUUUGAGUUGUGACGAGAAUCCUUUUUAUGUAAUCUACUUAAUUAUUACCUACUCUUUUUUGUUUUGUUAAUUUUUGCUUUAAUAAAAUUUGAGUUUGUGUUA